AUGCAAUUCUUUAGCAGAAGCAGGAGUUGCGUUCAAGUUCUGAAACGAGGAACUGCAGCAGAACCGGAUGAACUCUCUGCCACUCUAUUCAAAAUGGGGAGUGAUAACCUUCAUGAAGAUUGUGAUGAUGUUGAUGAUGAUGAUGAUGAUGAUGAUGAUGAUGCUGAUGAUGAUGAUGAAUGUGAUGCUGAUGAUGAUGAUGAUGAUGAUGAUGAUGAUGUUGACGAUGAUGAUGUUGAGGAUGAUGAGCAUGAU